UGAAUGGACAUAGUGCCCCACUUUCAUAUCCUUAAAGUCCCAACUCCAAAGAAAUAUUAAAUAACACCAAGUCGUGCGAAUUCUACGUAAAAAAUUCACAAAACUACUCUACGUUCGUCCGUUGACCCGACCCGGUCAAUACUCGUAUGUCUCAAAUCUUCUAUAAAUCAUGCAUUAUUCUUUCUCCUUCUUAUACUUCACUUUCAUCAUUUCCUAUUCAACACUCCAUUCAUUUCCUCCACAUUCUCAGAUUAAUCUCUUUGUCCCUCUCUAGUAAUCUAGUCUAUCCCCCUUGUUUUUCCACUCGUACGUGUUACUGAAAAAAUGCAAGAAAUUCAAAAGGUGGUAUUGGCAUUAGAUGUACACGACGAUAAGAAAUGCAAGAAAAAGGUCUUGAAGGUUGUCUCUUCAGUUCAUGGAAUUGAUUCAAUCUCAUUGGACAUGGAAAAGAGGAAGCUAACCCUAAUAGGAAAAAUGGAUCCAUUGGAAGUGGUGGGAAAAUUAAGGAAGACGUAUUAUACGACCAUAGACACAGUUGGACCUGCAAAAGAAGAAAAAGAAAAGGAUCCUGAAAUUAUCCCUAUCGUUUACGAUCCAUGUUAUUACCCUAGGUGUUACUGUAUUUACUAGCUAUCAUACUUGUGUGUUAUUACAUGUACUAGCUAGGGUAUAAUGAACGAAGUUAUAGUUUAUUUUGUUACUAUAUUACGAGUACGAUAAUAGGGUGUUUUUUUUUUUUUGUUUGUUUGUUUAUGUUUAUGUUUGUGGCCUUCAAAUUUAAGAAAAUAUAGAGAUAUUGUGAUACUCAUAUUAUAAUACUAUAAUAAUAAUAUAAUCGUUUUUAUGAUGAUCGUGUUAUCAUUAUUAGAGGAUUUAGAGUUUAUUAGUAUUGAAGAUGGUUGAAUUUUUCUUAAAAAAAAAAUUUAUGUUUUUGGUUCGAUUUUUCUAUAUAGUAACCCUCUAAC